AUGGUCUACCCCGCCGUCCUCUCGUCCACAUUUUACGACUGCGGCUCGGCCGUCACCAUGACCACCGAGACCAUCUGGACCACGACCUGGACCACCAACUUCCUCGCCGCCAACCCCCAAUCGACCUGGGACGCCUGCUACACCGUGACAGAGACCAUCACCGGCAACCCCGCAGACUACACCCGCCCCGCGCUGCCUCCCUUCUUCGUCGAGACCAAGGUCGCCUGUGGCGUCUGCGAGGGCGGCGAGAUCGUCAUCACAGCGCCCGUCGCCGACUUUACGCCCAGCGUCCACAUUGAGGGCAACGGCGUCUUCGCCGACGGCGCCGUGCCCGGCCAGGUUGCCCCCGCGCACGCUCAGCCCACGUACGGACCCGAGUACCCCGCCGAGCCCCCUGCUCCCGAGGGCGAGGUGCCCGCUG